GACUACCUUGGCGACCGAGUCCGUCCGCCAAUCACACUCACUCAAUUUGGAGCUUUCUCGAUUUUGAAGCUCCUCCUGCACGCUCGACUUUCUCAGACAACUCCGGUUCUGAGAUCAAUUUCACGACACUGAGCAGUCUGAGAGAGUGCUGUUGCAUUCUACUGUCUCAGCUUUCACCUCCGCCAAUACCGACCCAUUCUUCUCUCCAGCCGGUAGUCAAGAUGGGGAUCACAGAUUUCUUCUCGGACCUGCUAAGCUCGGUAUCCUUCGUACAGGAGGUCCACGCCGAAGCUCCAGCGGAAGACGACGACAAGGAGGAGGGAGGAGAUGACGAGUCAAAGGACGACAAGGAAGGUGAUGAUGACAAAGAGGAUGGAGGUGACGACGAGAAAGAAGAAGGUGAUGACGACAAAGGAGACGAUGAAGAGGAGGAGGAAGAGGAAGAAGAGGAGCCAGUCGACCCCAAGCCCAAGUUAGAAGAAGACUGCGCCAAAUCGGCCCAAUGCGCGGGCUACAAGCACCACUUCGACGAAUGCGUUGAGCGCGUCACAUCGGCACAUGAAAACCCUGAUCAUAAGGCACCCCAUGAAGACUGCGUCGAAGAAUUUUUCCACCUUCAACAUUGCGCCACACAGUGCGCUGCUCCUAAGCUAUGGAAGGCCCUGAAGUGAACGACCCUCUUUGCAGCAACCCGUCCGUCGAUCCCGAACCUCCGCUCGAGCGUCUCUCGUAUCGUCGUGGGAAAUUCUGGUACAAUAGAAGGUGGCUAUACGCUUGUCCUCGAACGAGAUUCUACGAUAGGAUGUGGCCAGCACCCAUGACAUACUCUGGUGAGUAGGAUCUGGGGAGCUUGCCUUUUACGUUGUCAACAUCAUCCGCCCAACACAUAGUCGCGCCUGUACAGCUAUUCAUCUGAAAUAAAACGCAAGACAAUUGAUACACAUGCAUAUGGUUUUUGAACUG